CCGCAGUUCGAGCAGCAAUUUGGCCCACUUAGUUAGUCACGCACGCCACUCCAAGAAAUAAGAAUGUUCGUCCGACCAGGUUCCGUUCAUUCCAAUUUUCCUUUCCCGUUCGUGGAAUUUUUCCGGGAAAGGGAAAACUUGCUCAGUACCCGCGAAGAAGCAAGACUUUGAAACGAAGUGAAGAAAGAAGAACGAGCCGCCAUCUCUGCUCAUUGUAGCGUCGAUGUGGAGAUUGCUGGAUUAUGCUAUUUUGAAAUGAAUUCUGAACCUGUGCAUGGGUUGUAUCGCUAGUUCUUCUCGAACAAUGGAACACCGAGAAGAUAUGAAUUCCAUUCUGCCAUUCUUGCCGGUCGUAAUGCGGUCUUCAAGUCUGUUCUGGCCUUCCCACACUGUUGAAGCAAUUAAAUCACUCUCCAAAGGACCCAACAUCAGCAAUGUUACCUCUGGAGAAUCACUUUUCGAUUGCAUUUCUGAUAUAAGAAGCUCCCUGAAGCUUUCUUCUCUAACGCUUGCACGCUACACUCCAGAAGGUUUUGUCCUCUUCUUUGAUGAGCUGAUCUCCCGUGUAGAGGCAAGAAAAUGGUUUGAAGAAGUUCUUCCAUCUUUGGCAAAUUUGCUCCUGGAAUUGCCCUCUCUGUUAGAGUCCCACUACCAGAAUGCAGAUGACCUGAUUUGUAGGGCUCAAUUUCAUGUUAAAACUGGUCUCAGAUUGUUGGGUCCCCAAGAAGCUGGCAUGGUAUUCCUCAGCCAGGAACUGAUUGGGGCUCUCUUAGCAUGUGCUCUCUUUUGUUUGUUUCCAGCUGAUCAUAGAGGAGCAAAUGAUCUCCCAACGAUUAAUUUUGAUCUUUUAUUUUCGUACGUGAAUCUUCAACUUCUUCUAUGUGCUUUCAAAGCAUAUGUUUCUUUUGGAGGAGGAAAAUUCUUUCUCAUGGAAGGGAGUCUGUAUAGCAGUUACAAGGAGAGCCAAGAAAGCAAGAUAAAAUGCAUAAUACACUAUUUUGAAAGGAUAUGCUCUGUUAGACCUGUCGGCGUUGUAUCGUUUGAGAGGAAAGUUCUCUGUUUGGAACAAGUUAUUAAACAUGUUUCUUACCCAGAGGCUGAUUUCUGGGGCAAAUCUGUCACCCGCCUCUGCCCUUUUGAGGUUCGCCGAGAAGGCCUUAUAGAAGAUCAAUCUGAUGGAGCUCUUGAAGUGGAUUUUGCAAACAAGUAUCUUGGAGGUGGCGCUCUUCACAGGGGGUGCGUGCAGGAAGAGAUCCGUUUCAUGAUCAAUCCUGAAUUAAUUGUUGGCAUGCUUUUCUUACCGUGCAUGGAUGAUAACGAGGCCAUUGAAAUUGUUGGUGCUGAAAGAUUCUCAAAUUAUACUGGGUAUGCGUCUUCAUUUCGUUUCAGUGGGGACCAUAUUGACCAAAAAGGUUUCGAUAGCUUCAGGAGGCGUAAAACAAGGAUAGUUGCUAUAGAUGCAUUAUGUAACCCAAGGACAAGACAGUACAAACUCAACUACCUCCUCCGGGAAACCAAUAAGGCAUUCUGUGGUUUCUUUGUUCAAUCUAAAUGUGUAGUUGAGGGAGCUCACUGUGAACGGAAAAACACAGACUCCAACGGUAUUUCCAGGAAUAUGCUUCAGUCAGAUGAACUUCCCUCCAGUUCAACGGAUGUUGAAAUGAUUGAUGCAGACUGUAGGAGUCAAGUGGUAGAAAAUCCCGACCGGAAGGGAAGCUUCCGUCUAGAUGAUGAAGAGACAGUUGGAAUUGCAACUGGUAAUUGGGGCUGUGGAGCGUUUGGAGGAGAUCCUGAACUAAAAGCUAUGAUUCAGUGGCUAGCAGCUUCUCAGGCAGCAAGACCAUCCAUUUUGUACUAUACAUUUGGAAUUGAAGCAUUGCAGAACUUGGAUAAGGUGGUUGAGUGGAUUGCAUCACAUGAAUGGGUCGUGGAAGAGCUUUGGAAUAUGGUGGUGGAAUACUCAUCUCAGAGAUUCAAUGGAGGCACUGACCUGGGGUUCUUAUCAUGGCUGCUUCCAUCAUUGUCGUCGGCAGUGUGCGAAGACCAAGAAGAUGGAAUCUCAGAACAUCCCUAG